UCCCGUAGCGUCUAGCGACGCAGUACGAAGUGAAGUAUCGAAAGGGAACAGAGGCUCUCUUAGGUGAUUCCAACAGUGAGCAACCGAGAUGACCACAUAUCUGUCCUUACUGCUGCUGUUUGCAUAUGCCUCCGCAAGCUCUUCAGAUCAAAGUAGCUGUAGGGGUCGUUGUGGAGAAGGCUACUACAGAGGAAGUUUGUGCCAGUGUGACUAUGAGUGUCUGAGCUUGAAUGAGUGCUGUACAGACUUUACAGAGUUGUGUACUACAAAGGACUCAUGUAAAGGACGCUGCUGGGAGUCUUUUAAUAGAGACAAUCUUUGUCACUGCGAUAUUGACUGUGUUUCAUACAAUCAGUGCUGCACUGAUUAUGAGAGCAUGUGCUUGGUGGAAGGAGAAGAGUUAACGUUCCCUGAGGAUGAAAGUGAGUCCACACCUUCCGAGGGCCUUGAUGCAAGCACCAUACUCCCUGCUGUUGAGAACCCAACAGAACAUGUUCCAAACAAGACACCAUCCUCUCCUGUUCCAGUGAAACCAACAAAAAACCCCACUCAACCUAGUAUAGAGAACGACAAAUCUGAACCAAAGGAAACUCACAAGGAUCCUAGUGACAUUGCUCCAAUCAGACCAGCAGAAAAACCUCUUAAUCCCACCUCAGACAAGAAUGGCAAAACAGAUAGUAUUAAAGAUUAUCAAGGUGAUGAUUAUGACACUAACCUCUGCAGUGGGCGUCCAGUCAGUGAUUUGACUACUCUCAGAAAUGGUACAAUUGUGGUGUUCAGAGGACAUUAUUUUUGGACACUGGACAAACAUAGAAAUCCUGAUCCUCCUCAGUUAAUUACAAGUGUGUGGGGAAUCCCAUCUCCCAUCGACACGGUUUACACCCGCUGCAGCUGCCAGGGCAAAACCUACUUCUUCAAGGGAAAGAACUACUGGAGGUUUGAGAAUGGUCUGAUGGAUCCUGGCUUUCCCAAACCCAUCAGCACGGGCUUUGGACAGAUUGGUCAUAUCACAGCUGCUUUAUCUAUACCUAAGUACAGAAGCAGAAAAGAGUCUGUAAUCUUCUUCAAAAGAGGUGGGAUGGCGCAAAAGUACACAUACCAGGUUACUCCAAAUUGUGUGAAAAAGCCAAGAAUUCCUAUGUUGACAGUGAGGACGAGAGCCAGACGACAAGCUGCUGCAGCUCUGGGGCAAGUUAUCAAUAUCUCAAAGACCUGGAGAGGAUUUCCGACCAUGGUGACCUCAGCCGUGUCUGUACCCUCAAGGGUGAAAGAGGAAUACAAGUAUUACAUAUUCUCUCAAAACAAUUAUCACAGCAUCAAAAUGGAAAGAGAAAAACCAGUGAUCCUCAAACCUGCUACAGGCCCAAAGGAAAACCAGCUUCUUUAAAUGCCCAGAAACCCAGAAAAACU